AUGUCCCACUUGUUAAUGGAGGCUAAUGGUUACGAGUCCCGGAUCAUGCAAGUUGUGGUUAUAGGAGACCGGGUUAUAGGGCAGCUGGUAUCCGUAGCAGAAACUAAUGCAAUGACUUCAGAACACAACUUCAUGGAGCACUGUAGAUUUCACUUCCAGGAACAGAGGACGCCCAAACGAUCACACUUGCAUACACCCUUUGAACAGGCCCAGGCAUUUGUUGCUUUUCUCAACAGUAACCAGAUUGGUCUGCGAUUCACCUUUGAGUUUAAAGAGAAAGAGAUCCAUUUUUUGGAUAUUAAAUUGACUGCUGAUCCUAAUGGAUCUAUACACUCAAGGGUUUACCGCAAGCCAAUUUCUGGUAAUACUCUCCUUGAGGCCUCUAGCUGUCAUCCUCCGCAUGUUUCUCAUGCGGUGGCGAAAGGCCAGUUCGUCAGACUGAGGCGAAAUUGUUCUAGGCAUCAUGAAUAUGUACAAGAAGCAAAUGAUCUUAGCACUAGACUUCUGGACAGGGGCUAUUCACCAAAGGUUAUCAAUAGGGCUAGAGAUGAAGUUGACAGACUUGAUAGGAAUUUACUGUUGAGAGAUAAUUCAUCUAACAAAAGAAACUGUCACAAGGGUGUCACCUUCGUAACUGAAUAUAGCGCUCAGUAUGGUGAGAUCUGUAAAAUUGUUAAAAAACGUUUUUCUUUACUUUCUGCUGAUGACAAACUGCAAAACACUGUCAAACAGGGCCUCAGAUGCUCUUAUCGUAAAUGUAAGACUAUUGGCAACAUUGUAUCACCAACUAAACUUACAAGUGUCAGCCCUAGACAUACUAGCUCCUGGCUAUUACAUCAUGGCAUGUUUCGUUGUGGGCACAGAAAGUGCAAACCAUGUGACCAUGCACAGAUUACUAAUACAUUCAAUUUGAUGGUCACUGGAGAGACUUACCAGAUAUAUGGUUGUCACAACUGCACCAGCACAUUUGUAAUCUAUCUAAUAACCUGUGAUGCUUGCCAUCUGCAAUACAUUGGUCUCACCACUAGGGACGUGUCCUAUAGAAUAAGGGAACAUUUCUCUACCAUUCACAUAGGUAAAUCUACAUCACGUAUUGUACAACAUUUUGUUUCCAAACACAAUAGCGAUCUGAGUACUUUCAAGUGCCCAGUAUUUAAAAGGAGCCCAGAUAUCACCAAAUCACCACUUACAAAAUCAGAACAGCUACUGCGAAUAGAUGACCAUGACUUCACUAUGAGACCGGGAUUUGGGGGUCCUGCAAUUCCUGUAGGCGUGGAUGUGCAAGUGGAAAGCUUAGAUAGCAUUUCAGAAGUAGACAUGGAUUUCACUAUGACUUUGUAUCUCAGACACUAUUGGAAAGAUGAGAGAUUAUCCUUUCCCAGCUCUAACAACCAAAGUAUGACAUUUGAUGGCAGACUUGUAAAGAAGAUUUGGGUACCGGACAUGUUUUUUGUGCACUCUAAGAGAUCUUUCAUUCACGACACCACUACAGACAAUGUCAUGUUGCGUGUACAACCUGAUGGAAAAGUGCUUUACAGUCUAAGAGUGACAGUAACCGCAAUGUGCAAUAUGGAUUUCAGCCGGUUUCCUCUAGACACUCAAACCUGUUCCCUGGAGAUAGAAAGCUAUGCCUAUACAGAGGAUGACCUCAUGCUUUACUGGAAGAAUGGGAACGACUCCUUGAAAACAGAUGACAGAAUUUCUUUAUCACAGUUCCUUAUUCAGCAGUUUCACACCACUACAAGACUAGCAUUCUACAGUAGUACAGGAUGGUACAAUCGCCUCUAUAUUAACUUCACCUUACGACGCCACAUCUUCUUCUUUCUUCUUCAAACCUACUUCCCAGCAACUCUGAUGGUAAUGUUGUCCUGGGUAUCAUUCUGGAUAGAUCGCAGAGCUGUCCCUGCAAGAGUCCCUUUAGGUAUAACGACCGUGCUGACCAUGUCAACAAUCAUAACAGGAGUAAAUGCCUCUAUGCCACGCGUUUCGUACAUUAAAGCUGUAGACAUUUACCUCUGGGUCAGUUUUGUGUUUGUCUUCUUAUCGGUGUUAGAAUACGCAGCAGUGAAUUACCUGACCACAGUGCAAGAGAGGAAGGAGAGAAAGCUGAGAGAAAAGUUAAAGAUUCCUUGUACCUGCGGUGUGCCACAAACCCGACCAAUGAUGGAUAGCAGCUAUAGUGACGGUGAGGUAAAUAAUCUGGGUCACUUUGUAUCUGAAAAUGGCGACAAAGAAGACAGGAUUAUGACACAGCUGGCACUCAGCUCUGAGAGAAAUUCAAAUAGAAGAAAGAGUCAGCGGUCAUAUGUCAGCAUGAGAAUCGACACUCACGCUAUUGACAAAUACUCAAGAUCAAUAUUUCCAGCAGCAUAUAUUCUAUUUAACCUCAUAUACUGGUCUAUUUUCUCAUAA